AUGCCGAUAAACCCUAUUCUUACAGAGGCAAACACCGUCGAUUCUCAGUUUCUCAUGGAGGCGACACACACCGACGUUGCAAUACACGAGCACACGAUUUCUGUAAUUCUUCCCUGGAAUAAUAAAAGAAUAUUGAAAAUGCCUCCUAAAUAUCUAUCUGGAGCUCAAAAGAGAAAAAUGAAACAAAGGGAGGAAGUAUUAACUCAAAGUCAAGUCGGUGAUAUUAACAAAUAUUUUAUUAGAAGUAGCAGAAUAGAAAGAGAUGAAUUAGGGGAUAAUUCGGUGAUUGAAGAACAAAGCCACAAUGAAAAUGAAGAAUUGGUUGAGGCUGCCAAUUUGAUUGAGUCGAAUGAAAACUUAGAAGAAGACUCUCAACCUGAAAAAUUAAAUUCGAUUAUGAAUUUGGAGGAUCCUGGAAAUUGGAAUAACAUUGAUCAAAAAUUGAGAGAUUACUUAAUUGAAAUGGGUCCAAAAAGAGUGAAUGAUUUUUUGUUUCCUAAGGAUAGUAACAAUAGGUAUUUUGAUUCAUCACAUUAUACACGAGUAAUGGCAAAUGGACAAACAUUAGAUAGAAGAUGGCUUGUAUAUUCUAUUUUAUUGGAUAAAAUAUUUUGCUUCUGUUGCAAGUUGUUCAAGACUGAACAAAUGAUGAGUAGAAUGGGGAAUUUGGGUAAUGAUGGAUACAAAGACUGGCGUAAUAUGCAUAGAAGUCUUAAACAACAUGAAGCUAGUAGAGACCAUAUGGAUUGCAUGAUUGCUUGGGUUGAAUUAGAAAAGAGGCUGAAAAAAAAUCAAACAAUUGAUUACAGUAUGCAACUUCAAAUCAACAAAGAAAGACAACAUUUGAGGCAAGUGUUAACAAGAAUAAUUCCCAUUGUGAAAACACUUGCCAAAAAUACUUUGGCAUUUCGAGGGGAUGAUGAGAAACUUUAUGUCGAGAACAAUGGGUUAUUUUUGCAAAUGAUAGAAAUGGUUGCUGAGUUUGAUCCAGUGAUGGAGGAGCAUGUUCGACGUUGUGAAGCAAGGGAAUCUCAAUAUACAUAUUUUAGUCCAAAAAUUCAAAAUGAACUAAUAGAGACGUUAGCAAAUGAAGUGAAAAGGGCAAUCAUUGCAAAAGUUAAACAUGCAAAAUAUUUUUCAGUGGAUAACACAUCAGGUCUUGGCUUAUUAAGUGAACUUCUAAAUGUGUUAACUAGAGUUGGGCUUGACAUUGAUGACAUAAGAGGACAGGGGUACGACAACGGGUCUAACAUGAGUGGAAGACACAAAGGUGUACAAAAAAGAUUGCUUGAAAUAAAUCCGAGAGCCUUUUACACACCAUGUGGUUGUCAUAGUCUUAAUUUGGCUUUAGUUGAUAUGGUGGAAUGUUGUCCUAAAGCCAAAUCCUUCUUUGGAGUGGUGCAACGGAUCUACACAUUGUUUUCUUCCUCUACAAAGAGAUGGAAAAUUUUUAAAGAUAAGGUGUCUGGUUUGACCGUUAAGCCAUUGUCACAUACCCGUUGGGAAAGUCAUGUUGAAAGUGUUAAAGUCAUAAAAGAACAAAUUGUAAAUAUAAGAGAUGCUUUACUUGACUUGGCAGAAGUUGCUGAAGAUUCUAAAACAAAGAGUGAUGCGGAGACCUUAGCACUAUAUGAUCUUGAGAGUUUUGAGUUCUUGCUUGGAAUGGUAAUCUGGUAUAAUUUGUUACGAGCAAUAAAUACUGUGAGUAAGUUUAUUCAAUCUGAAUAUAUGGAUAUUGAUAUUGCGAUCAACCUUUUACAAGAACUUGAUCAAUUUCUUGAUAAGUUUAGAGAAGAGGGGUUUGCUAGUUCCAUGAAUGAAGCCGUGCAAAUCGCAAGUGAAAUGGGGAUUGAACAUAAAUUUCGAGAAAAACGUAUCAUUCGAAGAAAGAAACAAUUUGAUGAAAGUUACAAUGAUGAUGUGGCACGAUCAGCUUCAACAAUUUUUGAGUCACGAUAG